AUAACUGUGAGGAUAUGGACUAUACAGAAAUGGUGCCAAAUGCUAAACAAAUUUCUAACAUCCCGUCAAGUUUUCCGGUUGAAAACGAUUUCAGAGAAAUCCCUAUGGAGUUCACCAUCAAUCUUACGGAACCUGUAGAAAUUCAAAAUUCUACCAACUUCAACCAACAACAUCUAGAACGAAAAUCCAAUAAUAACUUCACAAAUGUCGAACAUUUCAAUUCUAGACCACAGACUCCAAAUGAAGAACCAGACGGAUCUUCACUAAUGACCAAAAAUAUCAAUCAAAAUGAUAUUAAAAAGGAUUCUGCAAGAAUUAGUAAAAAGUCCACCGAAGACCUCAGAGACACUAACUUGAUUCCAGUCACUAACAACAAGACCAUUCUACCUCCUAGUUAUUUCAAACUGGAUGAAAACACUCCCUGCAAAAUUACUGAAGGAGAUAAUACUAAUAUUAAUAAUACUGCAUUUAAUAAAUUGAAAGAUGUUACAGGACUGGGAAAAAAUUUUAUAUGUGAGACUAAUGAUAAUUUGACAAAAAACACUAAUAAACAGAUAGCAGAUAAUGGCAAUGAAGCCCCAGAGACGAAGAAUAAAAUUUUGUACUCAGAACCUGGACAUUUGUUAAUGAAGCAUGAUAAUUUUCUUCCUGCAUUCAAAAAUCACUUGGUGACGCCAACAACAUCGUUUGCUAUGGAUGUCAGCAACAUGAGUCCAUCCAUUGAAGAUACCCAGCAGUUGAUACACGCCACUUUUUCCAAACCCGAAUCUAUCAACGUAUUAUUGAAAGGUCAAAAAUAUCCAGAAAGUAAAGUAAAUGAAAACAAAACUGAUUCCAAGGACGAUAUUAGCAUAACUCAUGUAAAUGAAUUAUCGGAUACUCUCAAAGAAACAAAUCAACUUGAUUUACUUGAAGAUCAAACUGCUAAACUACAUACAGAAAAUAAUAAAAGUUGUUGGGAUUUGACAAAUAAUUCAGAUAAUAUCUUAUCAAAUAUAACACCAGAGAUCGUAGAUGUAGACGAUAGUAUAGCUUUAGGAGAGGAAGCAUCAAGUGAACAGCGAGUUUCUCUUGUAAACGAUAGUAUUGCCUUAGGAGAGGAAGCAUCAAGUAAAAGACAAGUUUCUCUUGUAGACGAUAGUAUAGCCUCGGGGAAGGAAGCAACAAGCGAAAAGAAAGAUUUCGUUCUAGACGAUAGUAUAGCUUUAGGAGAGCAAGUCCCAAUUCCCCGUGAAAUGGAACCAGAAUCAGAAGCUUCGCUCGAAAGCACACUCGAUAAUGUUGAUUAUCAAAACUACACGAUGAGAAGUAACCAUAUUCUCAGUAACAUCAAAAAGCACUUGAUUAAUAUAGAACCAGAUCCAUAUUUUGAAGAAUCUGCCAGUAGAUGUGAGAAAAUAUGCAAUACGUUCUGGAAGGAUUGGGAUCAGAUAAAGUCUUUCUUAGAAGAGUACCGCAUGCCAACAAUCAAUAUUGUGAACGUAGAGGAAUAUUUUACAGAGAAAGAAGAUGAUUCCAGUCGUAUUAGCGAAGGUUUGUCCAGCGAUGAGUUCGAAAGUCAAAGGCGACUUUCUUUGCCAGAUCUGGCUCCUCUGAAAUCCUUACAAGAGCGUGUAACUGAAGCAGCAGAAAGGUCUGGGAAAUACUGGCAAUUUGUAAAAUCUGAAAAUGAUUAUUACUACUUCAGUUGUCUUUUUCGAUCAAUUCGUUUCAAGGUUCAUGUUCAUCCAGGAUUGGGAUUGGUUUACAGCAUACAAACGGAAAAUAAGUUAGAAGAAAUGUCAUCGUCUUUUUCUCAUUAUGUUACAAAAGUAUUGGAACUCAAGCUCAAACAAGAACACCUGCUAUCUUCUUUGGGAACAAAAUUUGAUCUGUUGACAUUGCUGGAUUAUGUUUGCUUGUGCAUAGACGAAAUAGUCAGUUUCCAUAAAGAAUUUGAUCAACUUGGAAGUAAAUAUGGGUCUUCCCACAAAUUGAGUAUGCAUCCAGAUAAUAGGGUAACUUUUGAAAUUUUGCGUUUCAAUUUCAUAAUUUGGUGGACAAUUUCAAUUGAUAUGUCCCUUACCAACUUGGGUUGUAAGGAAAGAGUUACUGCAAAGUGCAAUCUCAAUGAACCAGUCAACGAGGAGGAUAUAAAACAGAUUGCAGAAAAGUGUCUCAACGGGAUGAACUUCCUGAGAAACUUUAUUGAAAAAGUGGACGAAUAUGUCGAAAGGAUUGGUAAAAGAAUACUGUGUCGAAGGAAAGCAACACGACAGUAUAUGAAUUACUGAUUCAGAUGAAAGAUAUUUGUUCAUUUCCCAUCUCAUCUUGGAAAUCACUACAGAAUGUAUGAUGAGAUCCAAGUUAUCUGUCAGAGUGCAAAGUACGUAAACAAGUGUGUAAUGAAGACAGUUUAGUGAAGAAAUGAAAAAUAAAUCAAUGUUUUUAUUAUAUAAUUGCA